CAUUGCGGUAGUUUCAUUUGUCACUCGUUGUUGCCGCAAUGAAUGCGGUCGGUGUUUUAAUUUGUAAGUUUUGUUUGUUUGAAUUUUUUAUUAUUUUAUUAAACGUUAGUGAGAUGAGAAUUGAAUGAAGGAGACUGCCUGUAUGAAGAUAAUGAGGAAAACCGCUGCGGAAGAUCGUAUUAUUCAUCGUCUCCCUCAGGCACUCUUUCCGUCCGCUACACCUUACAAAAAUUUCGAUUUCGACGAUGAAGUGAAAGAUGCGUGUUUAUCUGAAAGAUCGGUCCGAUUGGGACUCAAGAUUUCAAAGGCAAUCUUUGUUGGAGACGUUGGAGUUGGAAAGACUUGCCUCGUCAACCAAUUUUGCCAUGAAAUCUUUGAUGCCAAUUAUAAAGCUACUAUAGGAGUGGAUUUUGAAGUUGAAAGAUUUGACAUUUUAAAUGUGCCUUUUAAUUUACAAAUAUGGGAUACUGCCGGACAGGAACGUUUUCGUUGUUUAGCAUCUGCCUAUUAUCGUGGCUCUCAGGUUAUAGUUAUUGUAUUUGACAUAUCAAAUUUAUUAAGCCUUCAGAAUUGUGCAAUGUGGUAUGAAGAAACUCAUAAGAACAAUUAUAAAGAUCCUGUUGUUUUUCUUGUUGGAACCAAAAAGGAUUUAGUGGUAAGAAUUAUUUAACUAAAAUAAAUUUCUUAGGGUAAUUCAGUUAUAAUUAUCUUAAGUUUGUUACUGUAAUUUAUUAUUCAAAAACCUUUUUACUCUAAUUAGUAUUGACAUAAGGCUCACCAGUGGCCAGGUGGUUCCAUUCCCUGAACACUGGGAGUUCGGUCAUGGGUUUGCACCUUGCCAGGAUGGGCUGGUCACGUGGAGUUUUUUGGGUUUUCUCCACAUCUGUAACGCCUGAAUAGGGGCCAGUUACCCUUAAAAAGACCUCCCGGAAGGCACCCCCUAGGCAGAUCGCCCAAGUGUUGCAUU